CCCAGCCAAAUAAAGUGCUUAUUAUUUCGAAACCAUCAAAUGAGUGUCUAAAAGUGACCCACAACCAUGUCUUCCGGGGAAUGGGAUCUGCGGGCGCUGAAGGCGCUCGAGGAGGAGGAGCAGCGCGAGUUCCUGGCCCUCAGCCAGAAGAAUCUCUUUGAUCCGCUGCCGAAUCCCACUUCCGAUGCGGCCAGCGCAAAGCCUUCGCUCACCUACGCCCAGUUGCAUCCGCAUCUGCUGAAGCUGCCGACAAUUGACGAGUGCCAGCUGAUGGCCGUCAAGCAGCAGAGAUCGGCGGCCCUGCGAUUCAGCCGUGCCCUCUCUUUGUCCGCCCACUCGCUAUCCUCCCGAACCGGAAGCGGUGCGGCUACCGGAAACGGAAGUGGUUUUGGCUUCGGGCGCAAGCUGAAGGCCCGCUUGGUGGGCGCCAAAUCCAGUGGUUCCCUGUCGCCCGGUCGUCACUCGCACAGCUACAGUGUGUCCCCGGUAUAUACGCCGCCGCCCAUGCGGAGAUGUGCCACCCUGCAUCACACGCAGCCGGUGCGAAAGGCGUUCAAAAACCUGCAGCAGUUGCACGAGCGGAAACGGCAGGCGGCCGGAAGUCACCUGCAAAGGAUCGCUGGCACCGGAAAAACGUACUGGAAGUAUGGAGCCAACUCCACGGCAGCCUCGAUAGUGGCCCGGCAAUCAAACCAAAAAUUGGAUGUGGACGAUCCAUCCAAUGGAUCCGAUGAGGUGAACUCGGAACCUCAAGAAUUCUCGGAAGCGGAAACGGGCUCCUGCAGUGUGCCGCUGCCGGCGAAGGACACGAAUGAAAUACUGCGCCUGAUGCUCAGUGCGGCCAGUUCGGCGGUCACAGUCACGCCGACGGCGGCAUCGGCGGCCAUUGGCAAUGGAAGCGUGACCGGAGCAACUGGUGGCGCCCUGGCAAUGAGACGCUACCAGAAUGCCAGCGAUGUUGAGGAGGACGAAACUGUUGCGUACGAAGCUUUCCACCAACAGGCCAAAAGCUUCGAGCGCGGCGCUCUCUUGCGCGUCGCCAGUUUAACAGCGCAAGAGAGCGAUAACGGAAAGGCCAUCAGUCCGCAGAGCAGUCCCGCCAGGGAAAUGCAAUCCACAACCAGGCGGAUGUUCAAGUCCUCCUCCUUGGAUUGGCCCGGGGAAGCACAGCAACAUCUAGCCCAUCAGCAGCAACAUCAGGCUGCCAAUCAGCUGGAGUUGGUGGAACAGCAGGCCAACGAUUCUCGUUUCCGGCAGCGGGAUCACUGGGAUCUGGAGCACGUCCACUUCCAUCACGAGGCACUGGGACAUCUCACUGGUGGUGCCACCACCGUCAUCGAUGACGAACUGGAGCAGCAUAUCAAGCACUGUUCCUGCUCCUGCAAUCACAUGGGCUACGGCAACUCGAUGGACUAUCAGACGACUGGUUUUGGUGGAUUGCCCGACGUCACCGAGCACUCGAACAUCCGCCGCACACUGUCCCGCCAGAACUCGAUCUCGAACAGCGAUUCCGGCGGCGAGAUAGCCAGCAUCCAGAAGUCCAAGGUGAACUUUGGCAAUCCCUUGGCCGGGGGCGUGGUGGUGGGUGGCGAUAUAGUGGGUCUGGACGCGAAGUCGCCCACAUCGCUCAGCUCGGCGACGGGAGGCGGGGCCGCGGGCAAGGCGAAGGGCAAGGCGUCGUCGAGGAAGGCGAACGACGGAGCCGAUGGCGGACAGAAGGGGAGGAGGGGCUCCUGGCUGGUGGCCCUCACCCUGGUCAGUGCCAUCUGCCUGCUGGCCAUCGCCGCCACCCUGGCCUACCAGCACUUCCUCAUGGCGCCCAGCCGCAAUUCGCACGCCCAAAGACUGAGAAUCGUCCGCCGAAUCCUGCGCGAGGUGCCGCUGGUCGACGGGCACAACAAUUACGCCUGGAACGUCCGCAAGUACGCCCACAGCAGCCUGGAGCUCCACCUCAGCCACGACGUCGACCACAAGUCCCUGUGGGCGCGGCCGUCGUGGGCGCAAACGGACAUGGAGCGACUCAAGCAGGGAUUGGUCAGCGUCCAAGUGUGGUCGGCAUAUGUGCCGUGCGAGGCUCAAGGCUUGGACGCCGUCCAGUUGGCUCUGGAGCAGAUCGACAUAGUGCGGCGCCUGUCGGACAUGUAUGCCCGGGAAACGGUGUUGGCCACUUCCUCGCAGGACAUUGUGGAGGCCCAUCGCCGUGGGCUGCUGGCCUCGCUGAUUGGCGUGGAGGGGGGCCACACCAUUGGCUCCUCGCUGGGGGUCCUGCGAUCCUUUUACUCCCUGGGCGCUCGCUAUCUCAGCUUGACCCAUCGCUGCGACGUCUCGUGGGCAGGAUCGAGUGCAUCGCCGGCGGAGCAGGGACUCACGCCCUUUGGCAAGGCCAUUGUGCGGGAGAUGAACCGGCUGGGCAUGAUGAUCGAUCUGUCGCACAGCUCGGACGCCACCGCCCGGGAUGUCCUGCAGGUGACCCGGGCGCCGGUCAUCUUCUCCCAUUCCGCCGCCCGGCAGCUCUGCAACUCCACGCGGAAUGUGCCGGACGACAUACUGCGCCUGGUGGCCGAAAACGGCGGCCUGAUCAUGCUGAGCUUCGAUUCCGAGGAUGUGGCGUGUGGAAGGCAGGCUCGCCUCCAAGAUGUCAUCGAGCACAUCAAGUAUGUGCGGGCCAUCGCGGGCAUCCAGCACAUUGGCCUGGGCGCCGGAUACGAUGGCAUCGAGCUGCCGCCGCUGGGACUGGAGGAUGUAUCCAAGUAUCCGGAACUCCUCGCUGCUUUGCUGGAGGAUCACAACUGGAGCGAGGAGGAUGUGGCCAUGCUGGCGGGCAGGAACUUCCUGCGCAUCAUGGAGACGGUGGAAACGGUGCGGGACUACUGGAAGCGGGCGGCCAUCCAGCCGAUCGAGCAGACGGAGCCGCAGCCCAAGACGCAGUGCACCUACAUGUCCUCGUGACCGCAGGCGCAGGCGGUCAGGCAGCGGCGCGAAGAGCCGCCCAUGGAGA